ACACGACUGCUUCAGUGGUGUUCAGCUUACGAUCCAUAAUGGGUGUUCAUCGAAAUUUUAUCCUUUUGUUAACAGUAACCUUAACUUUCGUAACGUGCAACGUCUCUAACAGUAAAAUUGAAGAUGAAUGUAAUCUUUCAGCUGAGUUAAAGGCCGAGAUUGCCUCGUAUUCUUCAACUGUGGAAAAAAUUAUUAACGCUGCUGUGGAUGGAAGCUUUAAAGGAGUAACAUAUCAGGAAUUGAGCCUUUUUGUUGAUACAUUUGGUAACCGGAUAGCGGGUUCACAAAAUUUAGAAAAUGCAAUCGAUUAUAUGAUAGAUAAAUAUACAGCUGACGGCUUUGAUAAUGUUCAUGGAGAAGAAGUUCAAGUUCCGCACUGGGUGAGAGGAUCCGAGUCUGCAAUACUCGUUGAGCCUCGCAACGCUACUCUGUCUAUACUUGGUUUGGGCACUAGUGUUGGCACACCUCCUGAAGGAAUUUUAGCGGAAGUGCUGGUAGUUAAAUCCUUUGAUGAUCUACAAAGUAAAGCUGAACAGGCGAAAGGCAAAAUCGUAGUCUAUAAUGAAGACUUUGACAGCUAUUUUUCUGCUGUCGUUUAUAGAAGUAACGGUGCCACAGAAGCUGCUAAAGUAGGAGCUGUAGCAAGUCUUAUACGAUCAAUGACAGAUUUUUCCCUAAAUACGCCUCAUACGGGCCUGCAAAGUUAUGAAGAAAAUGUUACAAAAAUACCUGGAGCUGCUAUCACUAUAGAAGACGCCCAUUUGCUACAAAGAUUACAAGACGAGGGUAAAACAAUCAAGAUGUUAUUAAAAAUGGAAGCUCAAAAUCUUCCAGACACGACUUCGAGGAAUCUUGUUGCCGAAAUUGAAGGUACAGAAUAUCCAGAGAAGGUGGUGAUAGUGUCUGGUCAUAUUGAUAGUUGGGAUGUCGGUGAAGGUGCGAUGGAUGAUGGUGGAGGCGUGUUUAUUUCCUGGGGAGCGUUGGCACUUUUGAAAAGUUUGGGUCUGAAAGCUAAAAGAACCGUAAGGUCAAUAUUUUGGACAGCCGAAGAAUUUGGUUAUGUAGGAGCAUAUCAAUACGCUAUAGAUCAUGCCAACGAAACCGAUAAUUUAAUUUUUAUGAUGGAAUCCGACUUUGGAACUUUCAACCCUAUAGGGCUAGAAUACAGUGCUGGUACUACUGGAGGAUGUAUACUACAAGAAGUCAUGAAACUACUUGCUUCCAUUAAUGCAACAGGAACACGACAAUCACCUGCAGUAGGUUCUGACAUCGAAAUAUGGACUUCAGAUGGCGUGCCAGGUGCUUCUCUUGAUACUGAAAGUGAGAAAUAUUUCUGGUAUCACCACUCAAAUGCAGAUACUCUAGAAGCAGAAAGUACUGAUUAUCUAGAUAAAAAUACCGCUUUGUGGGCAUCUGUUGCUUAUGUUUUGGCAGAUUUAAGUAUUGAUUUUCCACGAGAGACGACGGAUGGAUAAGAGAGGAUCAGUUUAAGAUUAUUGUUAAAUGUACAAUUGGUGACAAAAUCUAACAAGUUGUAAAUAAACAAUUAAUAUGUA